AUGAGCCUCUGCCAAGACACCAUGGAUACACAGCAACAGUUAUUUUCCAGACUGCAGGAAGAGGAUGAUGAGAUCGAUAUCUUGGGAGAUGAUGAUAGCUGUGACUUUCUCCGGAGUAGAUCUUCAGACUCAGAUGCUGAGGAGAUGUCUCCUACAAAGCCCUGCUGCCUGGAGUCAGAAAGCGACUCAUCUGGAGAGAGCGAGAGCAAAGAGGCCACCAUAAAUGUUGGGGGCAAAUCUAAAAGGACGUUGGUGAAGCCUCCAUACUCUUACAUAGCCCUGAUCACCAUGGCUAUCCUUCAGAGUCCCCACAAAAAACUGACCCUCAGCGGAAUCUGUGACUUCAUCAGCAACAAGUUCCCCUAUUACAAAGAUAAGUUCCCAGCCUGGCAGAACUCCAUCAGGCACAACUUGUCUCUUAAUGACUGUUUCAUCAAGAUUCCCAGGGAACCGGGCAAUCCUGGCAAGGGCAACUAUUGGACACUGGACCCAGCCUCGGAAGACAUGUUUGACAACGGAAGCUUUCUCAGAAGGAGGAAAAGGUUUAAAAGACAUCACAACGAGUUCUUAAAGGACAGCUUGAUGGUCUACCCACCUCUGCAUUACUAUAGGUCCUACAGACCUCUUCAGCCACAAACCUUUGUACAACCCAACGCCCUGGCACCAAUGCCCAUACCCGAAAGACUAGUAAUCCCUGGGCAUCACCAGAUAACUUAUCAGGAAGUUACAAGGGGGAAACUUUCCAGCAAUAUCCAAGGACUGAACUUUGAACCAAAGCCUCAGGUUAUAGUCAGUCAACAAGGUAACCCUCCAAACAAAGGCUCCUUCACUAUAGAAAAUAUCAUGAAAAAAACUGAACCCGAGGUAUCUAUGCCAAUCUUUACCCAGCCCUGGAACUACAACCAGUUCAUUCAACGACCAGCCACUUUUCUCCCAGCAGUCCUAAAUAUAAACGCAGGGCCGGUGGUAGCCUCCUAUGGGAGCAGACAGUACUGUCACAUGCGGUUUCCUGGAGGCUUCUAG